GUGCGUAGUGGAGCUCAGUGUGUUGUGGACGGUGGGUAGGGGUGCACGCUCUUCCCUUCGCGGUCUCUUCCUAAGUUUCGUCUCGUGCCAACUCGAAUCGUCGAGACGUUUUUGUAAACGGGGAAAAGUUGUCUUUAAACGGUGAAUUGUACGAUGGAACAGGAUUUGUGCUCUUUUACGGGUGUGUUUAUUGCACAUUCGUAUCUAAUUUAACAAAAUUUAGUGUUCGUUAUUGAGAAAAAAAAAGUUAUUCGUCACAGGAGACGACUCCACAGUUCCCCAGAGUGUGAAGGAGGAGAGACUGUGUGGCGAAGAACGUGCGGUGUAGGAACUUAUGACCAAGACUUAAGACGAGGCUGUUGUGGCCAAACUUGAUGAGAGAAAUUGUUGGUGGACUUACCAGGAAAAGUUGAGGCGUAAUUAGAGGGAUGUGAGUUAACGUGGACAGAGGCUUGUUAGCCAGGCUGGUGGCCUCGCCACCAAAGAAAAGACGAACCACCGGAGCGCGCCACUGACCGAGGAGCUAUGGCCGCCAUAGUCUAGAAUACUCCACAGGCGUGUCGUUACAUGCUAUUGUAAGCUAAUUCCGACUUUCUAUUCCCUUUCUUCCUUCUUUGCUAUCUUGAACCUUCUUCUCUGUCUUUCAUCUUCCACUGAGUUAUCUCUCUCGCGGCUCCAGCGAUCUUCAAGAUGAAGUUGAAGGAGCGUGUAGUCAUCGCGGUGAUGACCGGUCUGGUUCUCCUGACGGUGGUCUUGGUGCUCGACGUGGAAACUCGCCUCGCCUCAAACGGGCGCUCCCACACGCCCGCCCACGCCCGCGUCCAGUACGCCUUCCGACAGCGACACCUGCAGAAGACCAGCAACGGAUCCCGCGAGGCCUCCCUGGCGGCGGCGGCUUCGGCUCAACUCAGCGCGGCGAAUGACGACCCCGCCCACCCUCCCGCAGCCGCAGGCGAGGCCCUGCUGGGCGUGGGCGCCACUAACGGGCGAGAAGAGCCGAAGGCCACGCCUACCGUCCCUCCAGACCCCUACAAAGACUUGGUGGAAGUCGUCACGAAGGUGGAAAAUCUAAGCAAGAAGACCCGUCGACGACGCAAGCACUGGAACCCUACUCUUGGGGAACUCCUCGGACUCGAUCUCAGGGAGAAUGCGACGCUAUGGGACAACUUCCACCUGAGCAUCUCCCGGGACGAGCUAUACGGCGUGGAGGACCCCACGGUCAACAGGCUCCUCCAGCAGGUGUCCACCAUGCCCAUCUCCCACAUCAGCCAGAAGGAAGGAGGAACGCAGCUCAAACUCAUCAUAGAGUUCAUCGACGGAGGACACGCUCUCUUCAAGCCCAUGAGGUUCAACCGGGAGCAGGAGACCCUGAAGAACCACUUCUACUUUACCGACUUCGAGCGACACAAUGCUGAGAUCGCGGCAUUCCAUCUCGACAGGUUACUGGGGUUCCGGCGAGCGGUGCCCAUCGUGGGGCGGAAUGUCAACAUCACGCGGGACCUGUAUGCUCUGGCCCAGGGAGACCUGCUCAAGACCUUCUUCAUCUCUCCUGACAACAACCUGUGCUUCCACGGCAAGUGUAGCUACUACUGCGACACCGCCCACGCCAUCUGUGGCAACCCUGAUAUGCUGGAGGGGUCCUUCGCCAUAUUCCUGCCGGGGAAGGAGGCGGCGCCCCGUAAGGUAUGGCGACAUCCCUGGCGAAGGAGCUACCACAAGCGCCGCAAGGCACAGUGGGAAGUGGAUGACGACUACUGCGACCUGGUGAAGGAGGUCCACCCAUAUAACGAAGGUCGGAGGCUGUUGGACAUCAUGGAUAUGUCCGUUCUUGACUUCCUCAUGGGCAAUAUGGAUCGACAUCAUUACGAAACUUUUAAGAUGUUUGGGAAUAACUCUGCGCCUCUGCACCUGGACCACGGGAGGGGGUUCGGUAAGGCCUUCCACGACGAGGUCUCCAUCCUGGCUCCCGUCUACCAGUGCUGUCUCAUCAGACAGUCCACUCUGGCUUCUUUACUAAGGUACCACACGGGGCCGGACCGCCUGAGUGAGGCGAUGAGGGCGUCUCUGGCUCUGGAUCCUGUCAACCCUAUCCUAUGGGAGCCCCAUCUAGAUGCCUUGGAUCGAAGGCUCAACGUUAUUCUCCAGGUUAUACGGGAGUGUGUGGAAAAGGCUCAAGAUCCUCUUCAUGUUAUUGUUAAUGAUUUUCAUUAAACCAGUGAGAGAUGUGAUCUUAAUUUGGGAAACACAAGCUAUCACUGACUCCAGUCUUGUCCGGGAUUAAGUUCUAAUACAGCUUUAAACUGGUUUAAUUGUUCAUGAACAGUUUAUGAACGUUAUCUUCCCAAGAUCAACAUUACCAUGUAAUAUUUAUAAAUGAAAGUAACGUGUGACUACUUAAGCUGUGAGGCCACAGCUCCGAAUUGGUAUAAUUGUGCAGGAAGUGCCAGUGAGAAAGUUGUGGGUUUUUCUGCAAGGACUUCGUCUUGCUGAAUAAGCUACCUGUGUGCGCGUGAGGUGAUGGGUUCUGCUUUUGGAUCUGCACAGUAUUUGAGACCUCUUGUACCAUCACUACUUGAACACUUCCAAGAAAGACCUCCUGAAAACGGUGUGCUUUUGGGGGGGAAAUCUAUUCCGGAGGAAGGCUUAUAAAUUACCUGCAAAUUUUUGAUGGUUGUGCUACAUUGAUAAAAAACAAAAAGUGGUGCUAAAACGGCUGGAGUCGAGGCAGCAGUACACGGGUGAUGACUAGUGUGAGAGAAGAAGCCUUAUGUGAAUCAGCAGUUUACUAGUUUACCUUCUGGAGUGGAAAUGAUCUGUGUCGGAACAUGUGGGAAAGAUGCUUCGUCUUGGUUUACAGCUGCAACUUGGCAGCUGUAUUUUAGUAAAGUUUGAUCGUGAAUGUAUUUUUGGAAACGAGUAAUUGGAGGAAGGGGCUAGGUACAUUGUUUUAAGAUACAUAAUUUGUGUUCAAAUACAUUGCCACAGUUUAUAUAAAUACAUAAAAUGUUAUACGUGUGAAACAUGUAUAUUUAGUUUUUAAGUAGUUAAGAGAUCAAAUUAUUUCAUGAGCUUAUAGCCAUUAUGUACUACUAUUGUAACCAAUGAUUUAUUUAUUCUACGCUGUGGUAAUUUAUUAAAUUAUAUUGAGUAAUAAAGUACAUUUACAAGGCCGUUGUACAAAGUUUAUGGUAAUUAACAGCAGGGCUGGGUUUGAUGCUGGAAUGAACACUUUGACACUUGUACCGAAGUGAAGCAGUAAUUUAUUUUACAAGAAUGUGGUAAUGAUAUGAUAAAGCAAUGAAGGGAAUUUCAUAACAUUUGAUUGGAAAAUUAAUAUGGGUAAUGUUUUAAGAUGGUGUUUGUUGAUUUGUCUGUGCAGCUCAGUGUUAAAAGACUGGUAUUAAUUCAUUCAGUUGAACAGUCGUAAGUGUUGAUAUACAUGAUAUUUUUACCGUAAGGGAGUUUUAUCAGUUUGAUAGAGGUGAUGAGUCACAGUAACGUGGCUGAAGUAUGUUGACCAGAUCACACACUAGAAGGUGAAGGGACGACGUUUCGGUUCGUCCUGGACC